GCAAAUGUUUUCCAAAUAAAUGGUAAGUAGUAAUGUGCUUUGGUUUCAAUCAAAUAUUAAAAUCAAAUGUUUUUGUAUGUUACUAACAAAUGUUUUUCACUUCCAGACAAAUGUUACUGACAAAAGUUAGAAUUCUACCACCGCAAAUCUGAAAUCUGAUGCGGACCGUGCUUGCGUUCUACUCGUUCCACUCACCAUAAUGCUGAGUCAUCGGUUGUCACGAUUACUCGGCAUUAUCGUGAGUCCGAGUUCGCCACACAGAUCCGUCAGUUUGAAUCACCACGGGCACGCCACGUGCAUUGAACCAAUACCGCGGCCCAUUCAGACGAAAGCAUGCGGUACAGCGUCACUGUCAGCGUGUCAGCGUUUAUUGAGUGUGCCGCACUGAGACACCGCCUAUAACUGCCUGUGGCUCCUUGCGCUGUUGUUUUAAAAGUCGACUUCUCCAUUCUGCUGAGCCCUACUGGUAUUCUGAACAUCGAAUAAAUGCCAUAAACCAUAGAGUUCCAGCGUCAAAGGUGUCAGUCCCUUAUUGAUGCAAUUCUGACGGCAUAUACGAAAUCGGCAUAUCAGACGGUCAGCUGUCAGCACGAACACGAUGCCUUUUUACGGUAAUGAGGAGGGCGAUGUCACUCGUUGGAAUGCGGUUGAGGUUCGCAGCGACGACGGAAUACUGCAGCACGGGGACGUGAUCAACGUGGCGGAGGGUGGUCUGAUCAUCGACUUCCACUGUGCUCAUCAGCGCGCACAGUUUGUCGAAUACAAGCGCACCUUUCACUCUCGAUCUUCGCCACGUUACUCUGAGUCUGAGCGGAACCUGGAGGUGCUACAGCGCCGUUAUCCGGACGGUGCCUGGAUUUGGAAAACUGGACGGAUUCCCACUGUUGGACAAUUUGUCUGCGAAGAUGCACAACUUAUGGAAUUGCAGUUAACUGGGGGCACCGUCAAGCAACUGGUCCCCACCAGCCAGAUACGGGAACCGCCAUCUCAGACGGAUUUGAAGGAGCGCCGCGUGCGGAAGAACGACUUCGUGGUCCGUUGUUGCCGGUUGCCGGGUGGCUACUGGGGCGACAGUUCCCAGUUACUCAAGCAUAUCUUCGAAAACCGACUGAGCCGACGCUACAGUGUUGUGUGUACAUCGCUGCUCAGCCAGACCGUUCUCUAUCUGCAAGAUCGGAACGCCGUUCCGCUGACUUCUGACCAAGCGAAGGAGACGUACUGCUGGGCGAAGAAGGAUGUGGAGGCAGGUCCCUCAGUGGAUAUGGGAACGCGAGCGCUGCAUCGCCAGUGGAAUAGUGCUGCCCAGAAACCGCGAAAGGUUUCUGUCGGUAUGGAAACGAGUCUGCCGCUGCCGGAUAAGCUGCUAGUGGAGACCUUCGGCUCGCUGGACUCCAUCGGGCGUAUUCGUUGUCGGCGUGUCUGCUCGCUGUGGGACAGUAUUCUCAGCGCCGAGGUCAACUUUCCCGAUGUGCGCGUGUCCGGCGGUCAUCCGGAUUUCGGUGUUCUGACGGAUGCCUACCAGGGCAUCUACUGGGCGGCGUCCUGUCUGGUGAAGUGCCUGAGCAGCCGCACCAAGGUCAUCGUGAUCACUGAUGUCUCCAGUGAUCGUUGUUCAGAUUUAGCCACGCUGAUCAACACACUUCUCACCCCGGCCACGAUACCGAUGCUGGUGUUCUACGGCUGUGACUGGUGCUCUGACGACGCGACUGUGGAGUACGUCGUGGGAGGCGUGGUGGAGACGCUCCGGGAGUGUCGGGCAUGCGAGACCGUGGUGUGGAAGAACUGCGACAUGAUCGCCCGCGUUUUAACGGCCCAUGUGGCGCAGCAUUCGUUCCGCGCCCGCUCGGGCGACGAACUGGAGAGGGAACUGUGAGAUCUCUUUGAGACGAACCUCGACGGGACGGAGCCGCUGGAUCCGUCGGUCCUGUGCCAGUCCAUUGCCGAUUGCAUGGCGGGCCGGCCCAGCGGGCUGACGGACAAACAGAUUGUGAAGGCUCUGAACGACUGCCAGAGCAUGGAUCCGCGUCUGCCCACUCCUUACCGCGGUCUUCAGUGGACGACGGAUACGCUGGGUGAUCUGGAUCCGAGUCAGCUGACCCCGUUGACGGUUGCGGCUCUGAGCGAAGGCAUGGAUGCGGAUAGUGAUCCUGAUGAAGACCACGACUAGUACAACUCCACGCGAGGAGGCAAUGAUGCUGCAUAUGGGAACGUAGAUUCGCGAGCCAGCCAAAUUGCUGCCAUGCCGCUUUCGUACAAGGACAUGCCACGAGUCCAUGACAUUUAUCGUAUUUUCUUCUUUUGUUUCUUUGACCGCUCAUGUGACAAUGAAUUUGUUGUACUAGUGUCUGUUUUGCCGGGAUGCCUUCUACAUACCCAGAAUAAUUUCAAGAGUUUAUGUUGUUCACACUAAUUAACAUAAGUGUAAUAUGGU